AUGCCUUCCAUAUUUCCCAAGCAAGAUACCCUUGCCAGCACCUUUGGCUCAAAACAUCCACUGUUUGACUCCCAUGGAGAGGCGCAGAUGCCAACUGCCACUCCGAUGGAUAGGCCUUUGUUCCCUGCAUGGAGUGCUAUUGAUGAUGUCAAGCAUAAGGCAGAGGCCGUGGGCAAAUCGGCCACCAAAGAAUUCGACAAGGCUAGCGCAAAGGUCCAGUCAAAAACGGGUCACAUCGAAAUGCACAGCGCGAAGUAUUACGCUUCAUGUACCUUUGGAGGUUUACUGGCUUGCGGCGUUACACAUACUUUUGUCACUCCUCUGGACUUGGUGAAAUGCCGUCGCCAAGUUGAUCCCAAUAUGUAUAAGGGUAAUUUCGAGGCUUGGGGGAAGAUUGGCCGAGCAGAAGGCGUGCGCGGCAUCUUCACUGGCUGGAGUCCCACUUUCUUCGGAUAUUCCGCUCAAGGCGCGUUCAAAUACGGUGGAUAUGAAUUCUUCAAGAAAUUCUACAGUGACCUUCUAGGAGAGGAAAAAGCUGUCCGCUGGAGAACAUCAGUAUAUUUGACUGCCAGCGCUUCUGCAGAAUUCCUAGCAGAUAUUGCACUUUGUCCAUUCGAAGCUGUAAAAGUGCGAAUGCAGACGACAAUCCCACCCUUUGCAACCGGAACCUUUUCCGCAAUUUCUCACGUCACCGCAAAGGAAGGCGUUGGAGGACUGUUUAAGGGGCUAUACCCACUUUGGGGACGUCAAAUUCCUUACACCAUGAUGAAAUUCGCGUCCUUCGAAACGAUCGUGGAAAUGAUUUAUAACCGUCUUCCAGGACAGAAGUCCGACUACAACAAAGGUGCACAAACAACCGUCGCGUUUACUGGUGGCUACUUGGCUGGCAUUCUCUGCGCUAUUGUAUCGCACCCAGCAGACGUCAUGGUCAGCAAACUGAACGCCAAUCGCUUGCCCGGUGAAGCGUUCGGCGCAGCUAUGGGCCGAAUCUACAAGGAUAUUGGAUUUGUGGGCCUUUGGAACGGCCUACCGGUUAGAAUUGUCAUGAUUGGCACAUUGACCGGUCUCCAAUGGAUGAUUUACGACUCCUUCAAGAUUUUCAUGGGCCUGCCAACAACUGGUGGGCCAGCUCAAGCGAAACAAACCAACUAGAUAUCUCAAGAAUGUGGAUAGAAAAAAUCGACUGGGAAAUUACCUGCUCUUGUGAUAUAUUAUCCAUCGCUCUGUAGAUGCUCAUUGGUAUUAUUGGAAAAUACUUUGUUAUACGUCUCUUUGUGUUUCUCUGUUUGUGUUUCUCCACCAGUGAACAUCACGUAUUUCUCUCCUCUCCUUUUGAUUUUUCUGCAAUGUUAAUAUUUACAUGCCACUGUACCACCAAAAACCAAGAUUCUGCUGUUUCUUCCAUUGAUCCCUACCUAAGCUACGUCCCGGUCGUGAUGGAUUAAAAGAUUCCAGGUAUAAUUGUAUUAGAUAAAACCGUGGUACAGAUAACCUUCGCUUAUUAUUUCCUCCAGUUUAGUGAUCAAUAAAUAAUAAAUUCCCUGUAGCUGAAU